AUGGUGGCCUCAUCCCGGGCACCUGCAGUUGCAGUCGUGGCAGCAGCAGCAGCGGCUGCGGCCUUUGCAUAUUGGCUCAAGGUUCGCAAGGGGCUCGCCCGAAAGCGCGACAAGCACAUCAGCCAAGGAAUCAGCAAGCUCGCGCGGCAGAUUCAGGAGCUUCUUGAAACCCGCAAGCCUCGACGCAUUGAGGGACUGCAGCCAGAGAUGUACAAGUUGCCCCCCUUUGUUCCCAAGUCAACGUGGACAUGCCUGGGCGAUGCACUUCGCGACUGCGAAACCCUGGAUGUACAGGAAGUUCCGGGGGAGCGUUUUGUCACACUGCGAUUGGAUGGUAGUGGCUUCUCCAAGCUGACAAAACGAAUGACUGCUUUGGGUGUCUUUUCCGCUGGCUAUUCAACCGAGUUCGCCGAAAUAAUGCGGGAAUGUUGCCAGUCACUGAUGGCCAAAUUCAAUGCUGCUUGUGGAUACACCCAGUCCGAUGAGAUGACGGUCAUCAUACCCGCAGCGAGCAUUGUGCGAGGAGAGCAGCAGUGCCAUUCACACAGUGGCCGCGUGCUGAAGAUAUGUACACUGGCUGCAUCCCAUGUGACAUCACUGUUCAACUAUCGCAUCCAGGAGCUGUUUGCGCAAAAGGGGCUUUGCAUGGAAGCUUCUGGCUUGGCAACCUUCGAUUGCCGCAUGGGCAGCUUCGCGACGAUGGAAGAGGCGCUGUCUCUGAUUCUUUGGCGAGCUGCUGAUUGCGGUGUGAACGGUGUGACUGAUGCUGUGCACAAGUCCAAGAUCCCCGGAGCCCGGAAGAUCGAAGGCAAAGCGACUGGUGAAAAGCUGCAGUGGCUGGCUCAGAACGGCCUUCUGCCCCUCCAACCGCACCAAGCAUAUGGCUCCUACUUUGUCCGCUCUCUUCGGCCACAUGAGGGCGUGAACCCGAAGACCGGGGAGAAAGUGCAAACACUUCGCUCAAGCAUCCAGGAGCUGCCUGAAGCGAAUGAAACUGAGAUCGAUGACACCCUGAGAUUUCUGGAUGCUGCCUUCUGCGCGGAGGCUCGUUGGACGUCUCAAGCACGACUGGAAGCUGCGGCAGAAGCAGCCAUUUUAGUGCUGCUGCGCAUAAAUGCCAUGACAAUGGCCACCAACAUCGCAGCAGGACUGGUGGCACUGGAAGAGGAGUUUGAUUGCGCUGCUGAUGCUGAGAGCGAAGCAGAUAGCAAAGCGCUGCAAAGUUUCUACUGCCGGGUUGCUCGCGUUCGUUCGGCUGUUGCCUUCUUGUUCGCCCGGUUUGCGUUCCCAAGCGAAUCCGCGGACAGCUCGAGGCUGCAACAUGCACUGCUGUCCUUGGAUCAAAGCAUCAAGGGGUAUGUUGAGGAAGGAGUCGACCUGGGAUGUCCCAACUUCGACCGGCCCAAGAUGGGUUGGAAGGUGCCAUACUCCCACUGGUGGGUUUAUUGCGUGCAUAAAGUCAGCAAUGACUUCGGCCUUUGCAGCUAG